AUGGCUUCUGCUGCUUUGACUUCUCUCAUUGCAACUCUAGAUCUUGAGACGGAAAGGGUGCCUGACAUCCAUGUACCACCCUCUCUUUCAGCGACUCUUGAUUCCCUGUUCUUAUUAAAUUGGAGAAUUAGCGAUGGUGUUGCUGCUGCUGCAAUCAAAGAUUUGGAAACCAAAAUCAAAGACUUUGCACUCCAAGUCGAAGAUGACUUUGAAAUACAACUCAGCAACUUUCUUCAUGCCCAAGACACCCAGUCCCAACAAAAAGCUUCCAUGCAAAUCUUCGACAUCUUGAUACAAGCAGAUAUGGAUGCACAAGAGUUGUUAAGUUUCAUCAAAAGAAACAUCUACCGAGCUUUUGCGGCCAGUGAGUUUCAACCUGCAGCAUCCACUAACCCUCGGUUAAAACAUUAUGCUCCCGAGUCGUCUAAAACCAAGAGAGUUUUUGAGGAGUACAAGAUGGUGGGUCGUCAGCAUGACUAUGGAGUCAUAAAGGACCGGCUUUUGUGUCACAACGAUAAACUUAAAGUCAUUUCAAUUGUUGGAAUGGCGGGUAUCGGAAAGACAACUUUGGCUGUAAGUCUCUAUGGAGAUCCACAAGUUGCAUCACAUUUCAAGGCACGAGGUUGGGUUACAAUGCCUCAUCAAGAAUACCAAGAGAGCCAAUUGCUCUGGGACCUUCUUGAGUCAAUCACUCUAGCACUAGCAGAGCCGAAUGAAGUUGAAAAGGGAAGCUGCGGUCUUACAAAGCUAGCAGAACAGGUACGCAAAUGCUUGUUAGGCAAGAGGUAUCUAAUUGUCUUGGAUAAUUUUUGGAAAGAAUGUAAUUAUAUCCAAGAUUGUUUUCCAGAUGAUACAAAUGGGAGUUGCAUAUUGCUAACAUCUUAUAAGUACUUAAAGUCGGGGUAUUUCAAAUCUAGCCAAUAUGAUUAUGUUCAUCACAAGAUGACUUUGCUAGGUUCAAAUGAAAGUUGGGAUUUAUUUUGUAAUAUCCUUUCUCUUAAUGGAUGUGUGGUAUCAAAAUUUGAAAAAAUUAGGGUUGAUGUUGUGGAGAAAUGUGAUGGACUACCACAAUCAAUUGCUGUAGUUGCAGAACGUCUAUCUAAAUGCAAUAUCAUUCUAAAGGAAUGGGAGAAAAUUGAAAAGGAACUGGAGUUACUUGGAACUCUAGAUCGUAGUGCACUUACUCACCAUUACAAUCAAUUGCCACACCAUUUGAAAGUUUGCUUUCUGUAUCUUGCCGUCUUCCCAAGGCGCAGUAAAAUACAAGUCAAAGUGCUUAUAAGGUUAUGGAUUGCUGAGGGAUUUGUGAAGCAACCUUGGUCGUUGCAUGGUAUGUUAGAAGAUGAAGCUUAUUGUUAUUUGGAACAACUUAUUUUAAAUAGCCUUCUCUUAAUAGACAAUCAAAGUUUUGAUGGAAAAAUUAAGUCAUGUAGGAUGCAUAGUGCCUUGCAUAGUUUUUGCAUAAGAGAAGCUCAAAAAGAGGGUAUUUUCUGUGCACUAAAUAUUAGGAAAUACCCAACAGGAAUACCGUUGAAAGUGUUUGCAAAUUCGUGUCGUUGGCUAAGUUUAUACUCACAUAAUUUUGACUAUUAUGUGCUCUUUAGAGAAAACAACUCUCGCUCCAUCCUCUUCUUUAAUGAAAAUCCAGAAAUGUUUAUAUCUUUUAAGCUGUUAAGAGUGUUGGCUUUUGUUCCAUCUUCAUUCCUUCAAAGAGCGCCAAUGCGUUUAUCAGAUUUAGUUUUUCUAAGAUACCUAUCUGUAACACAAUGGUUUGAGGGUCUGAAUUGUAUAGUGUCAACUAAUAUGAAUUUGCGAACACUUGUUGUUUCUGGUAAUGAAUCACAACUUGGAGCACCUACUAUCCAUCUGCCAUGUGAAAUUUGGGACUUACCGCAGUUGAGGCAUCUUGAACUUGGUAAUAUGUAUGCCCUAGAUCCUCCAUUCCAGAUGGAGGAUAGAAAGUUUUUACAAACAUUAUCUUGGGCGAGUCCAACUCUUUACGGAAAGGAAGCAUACUGCAAUUUUCGAAACCUAAGAAAACUGAAAAUUUUCUAUAGAGGUGGAUCUUGCAGCAAUAAUAAUCCCCUUAUGUUGGAUAGUAUUGACUAUUUGAAAAAGCUUGAGAAGCUAACAAUUUCAGUUUUGGUCGGCUGCACUAUAACCCUUCCAGAACAAUGUAUGUUUCCUUUACAAUUGAAGAAGUUAGGGUUGAGUGAGACUAAUCUUCGUAGCUGGGAUUUAAGUGUAAUUAGCAUGUUGCCCCAACUUGAGGUGCUGAAGCUGGAAAAUGCCAUCCAUGGAAAUAUAUGGGAAGUAGAUAAAGGAGGAUUCAAUAAGUUGAGAUUCUUGCUCAUCGAAGAUAGAAAACUCGAGCAGUUGAAGACUUAUUUAAGUUGUUUCAAAUGUCUCGAGCGCCUUGUCCUAAGGUUAUGCUGUUGUUUGGAAGAAAUCUCUUGGUUUCUUGCAUUUCACGUGGAGUCAAUUGAAUUGGAGCGAUGUCACCCUUCUCUUAUUGAAGCUGCUAUGCAAAUUCAAGAAGCAGGAAAGAAAAUUUUAAAGCGUAAAAUUGAGAUCAUAAUUCGGGGACCUGAAUAUGAUGAGUCACAAAAUACACAUAAAAUGGAAGUUGUAGAAGACGACUUCACUAGACCGCCGGCAUAG